ACUUUCGAAUUUGUAAUGCUAAAAAAUCCGAUCCAAGUUCACAGUGACCAGAAGCUAACACAUCAACCGACAAGUGUCAAAAGACUCCACAAAAAAGAAAUAAUGAGAAGAGGCACCUCUAAUGACAAUCCUAGCCCCCGACGGCGCUCGAAACGACUGGCCUGCAGACCUAGCGCCACUCCGGAACCGGCACCGAAGCGUCCCCGCAGACGAACCCCCCGCACACCAAAUCUAGGCUGGCGCCCCGAAACGUCAUCGGCAGCCGAGUCCGACUCGAUCAUCUUCCUCGGCCGGUUCGAGUCUCCGCCAUCAGCUCCUCCGGUCAUCCGGGAGGUGCCGGUGGUCCGCAAUCCGGUUCGGGAACGCCCAGAAACCUCCACGACCACCGUUCAAGCAUCGGUGGCGACGGUUGACGCGUGGACGGCCACUGCGGAGGACGAGUUGGUGGAAAUCUUUCGGAUUGCGACGGACGAGCCGGAAUCGUUCAGCUUGGACAACGCGAGCGACAGAAGCUCGCUGUACUACUCGUGCGAGGAGGAUUCGCUGCUGUUUCCGGUUGGUGUCGUGGAACAACCUUUGCUGAAUAUGGACGAACCGUGCUGCUCGAAAUCACUCUUUUGAGAUUUUUUCUUUUGUUUGUAAUAGUUGCUGUUUUUUUUUUAAAUAUAUUUACGAUUUGU